AUGGAGAAGAUCAAAACCGGACAAGCACCUGUUGCAGCAACCGGGGAUCUUGAUAUUAUCCCGAGUCAUAUGUCGCACCAGGACAUGGCGGCCACGACGACGUCGUACAACGAAACCGAUACCGAGCAAUACCUUCGCUUCUCGCCAGCACGCAAGAGGGUCAUCGUCUUUUCUCUCUCUUUCUGCUCCUUCCUGGCCCCGAUUGGCUCGACUUCAAUCCUAUCGGCGGUCCCGGAAGUAGCAGCAACAUACAACACGACGGGAAGUAUCAUCAACGCCAGCAAUGCGCUGUAUCUGGCCUUCAUGGGCAUUGCUGCGCCAUUCUGGGGCCCGUUCAGUCAGGUCUGGGGGCGUCGUCCGAUAUUCCUCACAUGCGCCUUUCUUUUCUUCGUCUUUAGCAUUGGUACUGCACUGGCCCCUAAUCUUGGGGCAUACUUUGUCUUUCGUAUACUCAGUGCUUGCCAAGGGACAUGCUUCCUCGUCGUGGGUAGCUCGGCUAUUGGCGACGUAUACGAGCCUCGUGCUCGUGCAACCGCCCUGGGGUUUUUCUUGUCCGGGACUUUGCUCGGGCCUGCAUUCGGGCCAGUAAUCGCUGGCGUAAUUGUCACAUACAGCUCCUGGAGAACGGUUUUCUGGCUGCAGACUGCCCUUGGUGGCGUUGCAACCUUGUUGGUUUUCUUUCUCUUCCCCGAAACAAUUCCGUACAAGACCAACGGCGAGCUGGCGGACCACACCAUUGCCGAGAAAACGAAGAUUCUCUGGCAUCGCGUGUCUCCCUUCCGCGUGGGGAUCCUGCUCUUCUCGUACCCCAAUCUGCUUUUCGCAGGAGUGGCGGCAGGCGCUCUUGUCUGGAACCAGUAUUCCCUCCUGACCCCCAUCCGAUAUGUAUUGAACCCGAGAUUCCACUUGACCACCCCGAUCCAGUCUGCCUUGUUCUACAUCGCCCCCGGCUGCGGCUAUCUCGCAGGAACCUUCGUCGGCGGCCGCUGGGCGGACCACGUCGUCAAGAAGUGGAUCCGCAAACGCAACGGCGUCCGAGUGCCAGAGGAUCGACUCAAGUCCUGCAUAGCCUUCAUCUUCGUCAUCUGCUUCUGCAUCCUGGUAUAUGGCUGGACGGUAGAUAAGGCGGUGGGCGGCAUCGCUGUGCCGGUGAUAGCCAUGUUCUUACAGGGGGUCUCCCAGCUCUUCUGCUUCCCCAGUCUCAACACAUACUGCUUGGAUGUCAUGCAAUCCAAAGGCCGCAGCGCAGAGGUGAUCGCCGGCAACUACAUGUUCCGGUACAUCUUUGCCGCCCUGGGCUCCGGCCUCGUCCUCCCUGCGAUCGACAGCAUCGGUGUUGGAUGGUUCAGCACCAUCAGCGCUCUCUUCCUGGCCUUCUCGGGCUUUACCGUCUGGCUGACCACCGUCUUCGGGUCCCAAUGGCGACAGCGCGUAGACGAACGUAAUAGCCACCAGCAGGCUACGCGAGACGCCCAAGAGACGCAAAAACAAGCACAGUCUCAAGCAGUCGCCGUCGACGAAAAGGCGUGA